AUGGGGCGGGGUGAUGGAAAGCGGGAGAAUGGGGCGGGUGAUGGAAAGCGGGAGAAUGGGGCGGGGGGUGAUGGAAAGCGGAGAAUGGGGCGGGGUGAUGGAAGCGGGAGAAUGGGGCGGGGUGAUGGAAAGCGGGAGAAUGGGGGCGGGGUGAUGGAAAGCGGAGAAUGGGGGGCGGGAGAAUGGGGCGGGGUGAUGGAAAGCGGAGAAUGGGGCGGGGUGAUGGAAAGCGGGAGAAUGGGGCGGGGUGAUGGAAGGAGGGAGAAUGGGGCGGGGGGUGGGGGAGGGGCGGAUGGAAGGAGGGAGAAUGGGGCGGGUGAUGGAAGCGGGAGAAUGGGGCGGGGUGAUGGAAAGCGGGAGAAUGGGGCGGGGUGA